AUGUCGAAAGAAGAAAAGAAAGAGAAAGAGAAAGUGAAAGUGAAAGAGAAAGAGAUUGAAGUGAUUACUGCAGUUUACAAAAUUAAUCUGCAUUGUCCCAAGUGUGCUCAUGAUAUCCGGAGACCCCUCUUGAGGAUCCCAGGUGUUCACAGCGCAGACAUAAAACAUGAGAAGAAUGAGGUGACAAUAAAAGGAGCCAUCGUAGCAAAGAAGAUGCAUGAAAGGCUACAAAAAUGGAGCAAGAAGAAAGUUGAGCUAAUAUCCGAAACCAAGGUCAAGGAAGCAGAAAAAGGAGCAAAAGAAACCAAAAAGGAAACUAUCAAGACAAUAUUAAUAAAGUCUUACAUGCAUUGUGCCGAAUGUGAGCGUGAAAUAAGAAAGCGAUUACUAAAGCACAAAGGCAUUCAUAAUGUCAAAACAGACAUUAAAGCUCAAACCAUAUCUAUUGAAGGAGUCAUUGAGUCAGAAAAACUCCUUACGUACAUGCGGAAAAAAGUCCACAAAUAUGCAGAGAUUAUUCCUCCAAAAGCGAAAGAGAAAGAAAAAGAGAAAAAGGACGAAAAGAAAGAAAAAGAAAAAAUUGAAGUAAAAAUUGUUGAGUUUAAAGAAGUAGAGAAAGUAGCAGCAAAAACUAAGGAAGGCGACACUCCGUAUUUUGUUCAUUACGUAUACGCCCCUCAAUUGUUUAGUGAUGAAAAUCCUAACGCUUGCUCCAUAAUGUAGCUUAUUCUGUAAUGUAGCUGAACUUAAAUUGGUUAGGGAGGAUGGUCAUCUUCACAACUUUAUUGUGUGGAAAUUAAGGCCAUGCUACACCAAAGAUAAGGGACGAAAUUUGUUUU